AUGACAGUUUCCUUUGAUGAUAUUCGUAUUGUUCAUGAAUCCAAGUUCCCAGUACAAGAAUUCAACUCCUUUAUCAAUUUCUUUCAAACGCAAGCCAAAAAGUUCUCGGAUAAUAUCUAUAUACGUUAUGAGGUCAUGACCCCUCACCAUGACAUUCAGGUCGAGACAUUAACCUACGGAGAGACCGAUCGAAUUGCUACAAAUUUGGCUUGUGUAUUACACGAUCGUUUGCAUACUGCUUCUACCAUUGCUCUUAUGGAGGAUUACUCGGUCACCUAUCUUAUUCUGAUGCUCGCCUUGUUCAAACUUCGAAUUCCUCUUCUCGUGGUUUCCGUGCGUAAUACACCGGAAUCCGUGCAAAACUUGUUAAACCAAGUCAAUGCAGACGCCUUUGUCUACGGCCCUCUUUAUACAGACGUUAAGGAAAGUCUUCAGAGGGACAUGCCUGGGGUUCAGUCUGUACAAACACCGCCCAUGAACUUCCAGGAGCUUAAGAGUGCACCGCUUCAUCGGGAUGUAGAUACGUUGUUGGAUUCGAAAUUCACAAGUGAGGAUCUAGAUAAAACAAAUUUGAUUGUGCAUAGUUCAGGAACAACUUCUUUUCCGAAAGCCAUUCGUUGGAGCAACAGGUUUCAUUUGUACACAAUUCAAUCGUACGAGUACAAUCUUUCCAAACAAGGUCUUGGACAUCUUAUGGAGACGGGCCAAGAUAUCUUGAUUGGUAUUACCCCACUGUUUCAUAUGUUUGGUCAUAUCAGUAAUUUCCAAAUUGCAAUGGAAGGAGCUUCUAUUUACUAUCUACAUCAAUUUCCCCCUUCCUCUAAGGAUGUCAUCCGUGUCAUGAAGAAAGAAAAGAUCACACGGUUAAAUGCACCACCUUACUUUAUCAACCAAAUGUUGCAUUAUAUGAAGGAAACCGGCGACGUUCAAUUAUUUCAAAAUUUGAGAUUAAUCCUAUCGGGAGGUGCUCCUACACCUAAUGAACAAGACGCGUAUUUUUUAAAGCACAAGUUAAAUUUUGGUGUCCUGUAUGCCAUGUCAGAAUGCUGCUACAUGAUGAUGUCCGACUUUAGUCUAAAUCGAAGAGACAGUAAUACUUAUUUCUUUUUGGAAGACUCGGACAAACAAAUAUUUUUGGAACAUUUCGACGGUGACAAGUAUCAACAAAUUGUCAGGGCAGGCUCCCCUUUUCUUGCAACAGGUGUCGCCAAUCGACCCAAUGGAGAUUUUGCAACCAAAGAUUUAUUUAUUGCUAGUAAAGAAGUCAAAGGUGGUUAUCGCUAUGUAGGCCGUGCAGAUGAUAUCUUAAUCAUGUCAAAUGGGGAAAAAACAAAUCCCUUACCGAUCGAAGACAUCAUCAAAUCAAACCCUUUGGUAUCUCAUUGUACUGUCAUUGGCGCAAAUGAGAUCUGUACCGCUGCUUUAAUUCAACUGGAUGUAGAAGCAGUAAAACAACUUUGUCUUGAUGAUAUUUAUGAAAGCGUGCAUGAAUCGGUUCGAAAGGCAAAUAAAAUCGCACCCCAGCAUAGUAUCCUCUUGCCUGAAAUGGUCAAGAUCAUCCCACUUUCAAGACAGCUACCGAUCACAGAUAAAGGAACGGUUUCCAGAAACCGAGCGAUUCAAGCAUUCCAAAAGGAGGUGACCGCCAUGUACACCAGUCUCGUAGCACAACAAGUGAUUGAAAAUGAAUUAGUGGUGGGUGAUCAAACAAUCGAGGUCAAAGUACACCAAGCCGUCUCAAAAGUCUUGCCCGGCACAUUAUUAGAAAAGGAACUUUCGUUAUUUAAACAAGGCUUGGAUUCGCUUCUUGCCAUCAAACUGCGAAACCAGCUUUCGGCUACAAUUCAAUCUGUACCACAAGACUUUUUAUACCGCUAUUCUAGUCUAUCUCAAAUGAUCCAGUUCUUCGAAAAAGGAACAACGUCUAUUAGCAAGGAGUUUGAUUAUGCAAAAACAAGCGAUAUCCUUCAUAAAUACCUCAAAUUUGCAUCUGCUGAUUUGGAACCCGUACGUAUGACAGAGUAUGGAAAUGAGGGAGAGCAUGUUGUUUUGCUUACGGGGGCUACAGGUUCUUUAGGCGCCGCUAUCCUUCUCAAAUUAUUAAACAAUCCCAACAUCAAGAAAAUCUAUGCCCUUGUUCGCGGUAGUCAAACCAACUUGAUGGAUCGUAUCCUUGAAUCCUUUCAAAAACGAGAUUAUACACACCCUGACUUGUUGACGCGUGUCGAGGCUUUACCUAUGCAACUAAACAAAGAUCACCUUGGGUUCGAUCCUGCGCUUUAUGAACGCUUGAAAAGUGAAGUGACGAUGGUUCAGCAUUGUGCUUGGUUAAUGGAUUUCCAUCAUCCGGUCUCAUACUAUGAUGACGAAUGUAUCCGAGGAUUGUAUCAUCUGGUCAAAUUUUGUCAUAGAACAGAUAACCCUAUCCAUUUGCAUUUUGUGUCCAGCGUGAGUGCUACAGGCGCUUUUGAUGGUAACCAUGUACCGGAGUUGCCCAUGUUGUCGGAUCCCCGUGUGGCUUUACCAAUGGGUUAUGCUCAAUCAAAGUUUAUUGUGGAACAAUUAUUUCACUUUUUGGUGGAACGUAAAAGUAUGCCUUGUUUUAUUCACCGCGUAUCACAAUUAUGUGGUGAUAGCACUACAGGAGCUUGGAAUACGAGUGAAAUGUAUCCUUUAACAAUUAUUGGUGGUGCUUCAUGUAUGAAAAAGAUGCCUAGUUUGAACACGGUGGUGGAUUUCCUACCUGUGGAUAUGGCCGGUGAAGCCAUUGUCCAAAUCAUGAUGAAGACAGUGUCUCAAACGGUAUACAAGGCUCAUGAAGGUAUUUUUCAUAUCGUACAUCCCGAGUCUCGGUCAUGGUCCGAAACGCUUGCCUUCAUCAAUGCAUCCUGUGGACCAUUCGAUGUGGUUUCCCCCGCUGUAUGGGUCGACGCCUUGAGAUCCAGCCCAGAGAACCCUGCAUACAAGCUGCUUCCUUUUUAUGAAAACGCUUUUGAAAAGACAGUGGACAUUAGAUGGAAUACAGAGAAUACAUGUAACAUAGCAACCGUCUUGUUGAAAGCACCGACAUUCCAAGAUAAUUUCGUUCAGUAUUUAAAAUAUUGGAAGAAGGUUGGAUUUUAUAAACCUUCCGAAUAA